AUGAAGGCAAGUGUGCUCCUCGCUAUAAGCGGUGUUUUUGUCAGCACGGAUUCUCCUGUGUCAUCCUUCGACUACACAUCGCCCGUUCCCUAUUGUUUGCUCUUUACAUCCCUCAUGCUCACCAUGAUCGCGAUGAUGACUUCUGGCUCGAGUAUGAUACGUUGGCUGCACGCCGAUCGACACUGGAUUCGAGAACAACUCAAGCAAGGUGGCUUCUUCGUCUUGUCCUACCUAUUGUCGAUAGUCACGCCUAUAUCCUUUGUUGCUUUGUCCCUACAUUGUUUCAUAUUUGCGAUGAUGAUAGCAGGCUUUUCUUCUCAGAGCAUGAUCUACCGCGCCGUCACUGCGCUCUGGCUGGUCACGUACGCUGUCAACGUUGGGACAAUAUUGAUGGAAGCUAUGUGGAAGUAUGCGACAAGCCUCAAUCACACUGGAUAA